UUUCCCGGGUAACGGCGCCGCCGGCGAGCGGGGCGGCCGUGGCUGAGCGGGGCCCGGCGCGGUGCAGGUACGGGCCCGGCGUCCGGGCAGCGCUCGGCUCCGAGCCGCCGCCAGUUCCCUCUCCCGCUGCUCCCCGGGGCGCCCGUCGGGCCUUGGAGCCGAGCCCUGCCCUGCGCCCCCGAGCCCCGCGCUGCCCUGCGCCCGCCGCGCGUGUGCUCCAGGGAAAGCCGGAGGAGGAGGAGGAAGAGGAUCAGGUCUCGGCUGGGAUGAUUAAAAGAGAUAUUGUCCAAAUGCUUACAUAAGGAUAUCGUGCUGAAUUCAACGCCUGGCCAGUCUGCUAUAAAACUUCUUUUUUUUAACUGCCAAAGCCAAAGUGUCGGGUGGUCUAUGGAUGGAUAAGGAGUGAAAGCAGGAAACAGUUGUCACAACUCGCCUGUCAGAAUCAAUUUACUAGUUUUUAGACUCAGUUGUUUGGAAGGUAAAAUCCAGCUACAAAUUAUGGCUCAUCGAUUUUCAAAGGAAGAAUUAGAUGAGCAGUUUGAAGAGUUUCUGAAAGAGUCUCUUUCAGAUGAUUCACUUGGAAAUUCAAAGAAGAAGUCCAGCAUUCUUGAGAAAUUGGGACAGCCCAGGAAAAAAGAAAAGAAGAAAAAGGAUUCAGUGCCCUGGUGGUUAUCUGAGGAAGACUCGGAUGAUGGUGGAAUGCUUGAAGCCAAUGGAAACUUUCUCAAGGUGCAGAACACUUCACAGCCUGUGGGAGAAGGUCAUGAAAACAUGGAUGUGGAAAAGAUGCAGCUUGAGAAAAGUAAUGGAGAUGCUGUCUCUCUGAGUAGAGACAGCCUGGAAACAAAUGAUUCAGUUUUAGCUUCUGGGCCUAAUCAAAGUAUUGUAGGAGUUGGAUUGGAUACCUUGGAAGAGCAAGAAGAAAAAGAGAUCUUCUUUGCCAAGCUUGAACGAGAAGCUUCCUCUACUAUUGAUUAUUCAAGAUUAAAUAAAGAGCUGGAUUCCAAUGAUUCUGUCAUACUAGCACCAUUUGUACGAAGUGAAAAUGCUGAAAAAGAAGAAGAGCCUGCACAUGAAGAGAAAUCUGGUAGCUACAGUGAAGAUUUUGAAGAAGAAACAGAUACUAAUCCUGCCCUCAAAACUGAAGGAGAUCAGGUGAAUCAAAACAUCAUGUCAGAAGUUGAUUUAAGUCUUCCAGAACAGGAAGAAGCAAACACUGGCAUGCUGGCUAAAGUUGUAUUGCUUGAUUCACAAGAUUCUGCUGUAGAGCUUCAGAAGGCCAUUGAAGCAUCAGAUGCAGCUCCAGAUGAACAUGAUCAGCCUGAAGAAGUCAGUGCAGUUGAAAUGAAUGAAGCAGGUACUUCCUAUGGACAAGCUACCAGUGACAUGGAAGCGCUAUACCAGGCAUAUCAUCACAUUGAUCAGUCUCUGGGGGACACUGGCGAGCAGAAACUGCACAGUUCUGCAGUGGCAGUCUCAGAAGGCUUAGGGCAAAGCAUUGCACAAAAUAAUGAUAUCUGUGCAAAAAACAUGUCAACUGUUGAUUCAGAUUUACCUACUGUGGAAGAAUUGAUGAAAACAAUUACAGGACAUAUGUAUAAUACCAGACAUUUUGAUGUGGACCCUGAACGUCCUGUGAAACUGGUAGGCAGCACAGACAAUGACCUCAUUAGCCACUCACCCUUUGAAGACCCCCAGAAUAAUUCAUCUUGGGAGAAAAACUUAGUUGAAAAGUUUAACAGAGAAGAAAGCAUCUUUCUACAGACAAGCAUGAAUGAUGGUAACUUUCACAGGAUGACUGAGAAAGAAAUUCAGACCAGUGAAGUACAGCCUGAUCUACUAAGAGAAAAAACAGGACAAAACUCUCUGCUUUCACAAAGAAGCAAAACUAAAAAAGCUCUUCGGUCUUGUUCCUUGAAGAAUGAAAGAUCAGAACCAAUGUCAACCAAACCAAAGAAUAUUAGAAGCCCAGCACCUGUACAUAAAAAGAAACCUUCACAUGGUCCUCAUGGACUGGUUAGAGGUUCUGGCUAUGGGAAGCCCAGUUUACUUUCAAAGCAAUCUUUUCCAGUCAGUGAAAAGAAAACACCGAAAGAAACUUUCAAAAAGACCUUUAUGAAAGCCAAAAGUCCUGCAGAUAGAGCAAAAUCUAAAGAAGCCUUAUUUGCUACUAGGAUAAUAAGAUCUGCAGCAAAUGAACCAACUUUGGAGGGAAGUAUUAACAGAGUUUUGUCUGGCCAAUCAGUUGUUAGUAAUCUUGGACACCAGGCUGAGGAUUAUAACAAGCAAUAUCAUCAUGACUUAUCAUUUUCCCCUUUCAAAAGCUGUGAUAGAGAGCUGUACUUGUUAAAACGACUACAGACAGCAGAGGAAGACCUGAGCAGAGCUCAGGAUUUGAUUCAGCAGCUGGCCAGCAGGCUUUCACAAAAAGAGAAGGAGAUGGAGACCAAGGUAGUGGAACUGAAAACACAGCAUGAAAAGGAGCUCUCUCGUCUGGGUCAGGAAAACUAUGUUCUUCAGAGUAAGCUAAGAAGUAUGGAAGAGAUUACCCAAGAAAAGAGGUGGACCCAUGCAGCUACAAUCCCUAUAACUGAGGAAAAACUGGCCCAAAUACAAAAAGAGAUUGAAGAUCAAGAGGUCAUUAUUCAAGGUUAUCAACAGGAAAAUGAGAGGUUAUACAAACAAAUGAAAGAGCUACAAAUCCAAAACAAAAAAAAUGAGGAACGAAUGUUUAAGGAGAAUCAGUGCUUAAAGUCUGAAUUAAUACAGUUAAGAGAAAAGCUAGAGAAGAUUAACAACCAGUCACGAGUCAUGCAGGAUUCUGAACCAGCCAGAAAUCAGAGUUUCACAGAAUUGAUUUCAGAGCUUCGAGUAGCACAGAAAGAAGAAGCUAAAUUACAAGAAGAGAUAAGACGUCUAAAACAAGAUAAGCAAGCUCUUGAGGUAGACUUGGUACAAGCCAAGAAAGAGAGAGAUUUAGCCAAAGUCCAGAUUGCAUCUGCAUCAAGUGAGAAGUCUUAUGAAUUUAAAGUUAUGGAAGAAUCGUACAAACAGGAAAUUACUCAUUUAAAAAAAAGACUUCAGUGGUAUGCAGAAAAUCAAGAUCUUCUGGAUAAAGAUGCAGCCCGUCUUAGAGAUGCAAGAGAAGAAAUUGAGAAACUAAGACUAGAGGUUGAGAAGCUCAGAGCUGAUGCAGGAGAUCAGUGUGUGCAACAGAAGAAACGUUUGCGAGACAGAGCAGCAGAUGCUAAAAGAAUUCAGGAUCUUGAGCGACAAAUCAGAGAAAUGGAAGGAAUUCUAAAAAGAAGGUAUCCAAAUUCUUUGCCUGCUUUGAUUUUUGCUGCUGCUGCUGCUGAGAAAACAAAUGAUCUUUCAGCUAAAACAAACACAGUUGAAUUUUUGGAGAGAAGAAUAAAGAAAUUAGAAACAGAACUUGAAGGUAAAGAUGAAGAAGCUAAGAAAAGCCUUCGUGCUAUGGAACAACAGUUUCAAAAAAUAAAGAUACAGUAUGAACAAAGACUUGCAGAGCUUGAGGAACUACUUGCCUAUGAAUUUAUGAAUGAACCACCAAAACUGAAUGGUGAUAAAGCCACUUCUGCAGAACUUGAGCAGGAGCUUCAGAAUCUAAAGAAGACCCAUCAGAUCACUGUUGGAAACCUCCAAACAGAAAUUGAAAAUCUUAAAAGUCAAAAUUCCCAAUUAAAACUCAGAAGCAAAAAUGAUAAUAAAGACUUAGAUUCCAUGGACUCUAAGAUGAAACAAGGAAGCACAAAAGACAGGUUGUUAAAACUAAAUGAAGAACUGGUCACCAAAAAUAGAGAAAUACAAGACCUCACAAAAACUGUUGAGAAACUUCAAAAAGAAAGGAUGGUGAUGUUGUCUGAUAAUAAUUUGAGACAUAAAACAAACACUAAUGGAAACUCUACAGAGGUUGUGAAAAAGAAUACCUCAGCCACAGAUAGAAGGAGCUCCAACAACACUGAAGCCUGUCUAAGCAUUUUCAAUGAUGACAAAACACACCAACCACAAACCUUCUCUGAUUCUCAUCUCUCGGAAGUUGUGCAAGAAAAUGCCCAUCUGAAAGAGGAGCUGGAGAAACUGUCCCUGGAAAUGAGCCAGCAGCGGGUGAAGUCUCAGGCAGCUCUGGCUUAUUCUGAAAGCAACAUGCGAAGGAUGCAGGAAGACACAGCAGAAUACAUUGCAUCUCUGAAAGCUUCCCACCAGAGGGAAGUUGAGAAGAUUGUUUGCCAGCAUGCAAAGGAACAUUCUACUUCUAAAGUAGCUGAACUAAAGAACAGAAUUUCAGCACAGGAAAUAUUAAUCAAACAUCUUCAAGAACAACUUGGUGAACAAGAGAGACGUCAAGAAGCUCUUUUAGUUUCACAGAUAAGAGAACAACUUCUACAAAAAGAGGUGACAAAAUUGUUGGAAGAACUGAGAGAGGCUAGGGAGAGCCAGAGUCCUGAAAUGAAACAUUUCUUGUGCCUGGAAAAGAAAAUCAAGCAUAUAGAGAGCAGACAUGCAGAAAGGGAGCAUGAAAUUCAAAAGGCUACCCAACUAAGGCAGCACAUUUCUGAAGUAAGGCAAACCCAGGAGGUUGAGAGGUGGCGAAGGCUGGCCCAGCAGAAGAAUCAGGAACUGGAGAAAUUUCGAAUGGAGUUGGAUUCCAUACUCGAUGUUUUACGUGAACUGCAGAAACAAGGGGUUGUGAUUCCUGCACCUGAUUCCACUGGAUUCACAGUGACAGGCAGCUGUUAGAAGGCAUGAUUAUGCAGUAGUUAAACAGAGCAGCAGAAUUUUAAUAUUCAAAGUUAUGGUAUAGAAAUGUUAUUGAAAAUCAUUAUUGCACCACGUAUAAAUUGCAUUCCAUUUUGAUCUUCUCUGGAAUCUCUCAUGACCAGAGGCAGAUUUGCAAUGAGCAAUACUCUAGUCAUACUGUAUGUCUUCUAUUUUAUUAGUAAUAAAUUUACAUAAUUUUUUAAUAAUAGAAAUAUUGAGGUUAUUCUGUAAAUGCAACUACCAUUGAAAAUUUUCUUUUUCACAGACUGUAGAACAUGCCUGUAUAUUUUAAAGUUUGAUUUCUAACUUGUCUUACAGUAUUUCCUUUGUGAAAAUUUUAGUAGUAAGCUGUUCAGUUAUAUAGCAUUGUUGUAUAGCAUUGAUGUGUUUCAUUUUUUACAUUUCAUUGAUGUAUUUCAUUCCAUAGGGCAGGAAAAGUGUAUUUUUCCAACAUUUGCUUCUCUCCCUCCAAUUCAUAUAAUACUCCUUCCCUUAAGACCACUUUCCACUCUAGUGAAUGAUUGGAGGGCUGGAACAGAGCAGGCAUUCCUGGUGGUUCUCAGUUUUAAGCUGUUCUUUGUUUCCUUUUCAGAUUAUUGCAGCUGUGCUGGUAAGACUGAUGGCAGAGUGGGUCUGGCUGAAUUCUUACAGGGCAGAUACAGAAAAAAACCUAUAAAAUACAGUGUGAGUGUAGUUAUUGGUGUCCCUUUUAAAAGGGAAGGCUGUGCUGAUAAGGUUUUUACAGUGGGCUGUUCAGGAUCUGACAUAGUAAGUACCUCUUUAGGUGAUCUUGACAGGCUAAGAGACUGGUCAGAUGUGAAGACAGUGGGAUAAAGCUUAGGCUUCAGGGAUGUGUAGGUGGGGAAA